AUGUACAGCACAGAACGGAGGAGAUGCCGAUACCUAGAAACUCACAUUGGGAUCCUGGUGAUGCUCGCCGCCGGCCUCCUGCUGUGCCGGGCCAAGAAACAGUAUCCUCAACGGCGGGACGCCAGGGAUGGAGAAGGGAUGCCUCUUAAAAGAGAAGAGGGGCGGAGGGAGGCGGGACGGCGGCGGCGGCGGCGGCGGCGGAAGAGGAUUCCCGUGAGCGAUCUGGAGACAGUAGUGACGGGUACUGGAGAGUGGAGACUGAGACCCAGUCGGCCGCCUAUUCCCUUUCCCCUUUCCAUCCCCUCCUCCACUGCAGCUGCCCUGCUGCCCCCUCCUCGGCGAGGCGCCUCACGAGCGCCGCGAGGUCAGCGCGGGAGCCGCGCCCGCACGAGCGCCGCGAGGGAGGUGGCCAAUACGGCGAGGCGCCGCGCCCGCACGAGCGCCGUGAGAUCAAAGUGCAGCAGCAGCCAAUACGGCGAGGCGCAGCGACUGCACGGGCUCCGCGAGGUCCAGGGGCGGAAGCAGCCAAUACGGCGAGCGGUGCCUGUCCGGCGACCAUACGGCCUCCGCGGCGUGCUCGACCUUGCUCCUACGCCUCCUACCCGGGCUGGACCUCCCCCCGGGCGUCGUCCCCACCCGCAUCACCAAGCUCCCCAACGGCGUCCGCGACUCGGCGUCGCCUCCGAGGAUUUCCAGCAAAUUAUUAUUAACACCGAGGCUCCCUGCCGUUCACAGCGUCUUGCCAAGUACAAUACUACAACCAGCUUCUGAGGAUCGAGGAGGAGCUGGGCGACGCUGCGGUGUACGCUGGCCUCAAGUUCGCCUGACUUCCAUCAAAGUGUAAUCAUGUUGUACACAGUACACUGUUCUCCAUCGGCGUCGACUCCCAAGCAUCGGCAGCAGCUGGCAUGACGAGCACUGCACAAGGUCCCUGCUGCCUGCUGACUGUCAAUGGCUCCCUUCCCUGCUGCAGGUAGCAUCUUCACUUAUUCAGUUCAGACAUGCAGAGCAAAAAAUAUGUGGCCAGCUGAAUUCUAAAUAACGACGUCAGUUCAGACAUGUUAAGAGAAUCAGCAGAUUUCAUUGUUAAGAGAAUGAGCUAAUUCUCUGAAAAUCGUUUUGUUUUUCUGUAGCAAAUUAUUGUAUGAAUUGUAAACAUUUGUGCAAAGAUACUGUUGCUCUGAACAUUAUUCAAACAACAGAGAUAGAGCACAGUCUAUUGGUAUAUACAUGAGCAUUAAGCUAGGAGAAUUCUUAGCUAAUCCUUGAUGAGACAUUGGUGUGCUGAAUUAUCUCUGUUACCCACCAUAAUUUAUUUUUUUAUAUGAAAUAUGCAUGCUUGUA